AUGAGCUCAUAUAGACUCAACAAAUUGUCAAAUCAGUCAGCAGCAACAAAGAUCCGAGAAAACUUUUCACGAGUCCUCAAUGAAGAAUACAAUAUUCCGCUUGAAUUAGCCAAAGAGUUCAGCGCAAAUUGGAAGUACGGUUAUGAACACGAAGUUCAUGCCUUUUCGGAAUCUGUUUAUAUUGGAAUAUUCGGAGCUGAGAUUGGUGCGAUUCUAUAUGCCAACAUGCGUGACACUGAGAGUCCUGCUUGGAAGCAAUCAAGAAUUGAAACGUCCAUAAAAUAUGUUUCAGGAGAAAUUGGCUAA